UCAACAACAAUAUCAUAAUACAACUGAUCAAAAUGAAAAAAAUUAUAAUCGAUUUACUGCAUUAGAACAAAUAGAUACAUCAACAGAUAUUGAAUCAAAUUAUGAUGAUGAAACAAAUGAUGUUUUAUCAAUAGCAGAAUAUGAUAUUGCUGAUCACAAUGAAAAAGAACAAAUGAAACAAAACAAAAUGAAUCGAAUAAAUGAUAAAAAUAAUAAUAAUAAAAAACUUAAACGGCGAAUUAAUUUAGAAUCCAAUCAAAUAAUGCGUUACAUGCAAGAUAAUUCAUCAGUUAUUGUGGAUGGUCGUGUCGAUUUAUCUCGAAAAAGGAUCAAUCGAUUAACAAGUAAUAUAGCUCAAGCAAGUGCUACAAUCACGAAUCUACAAGUUCAAUUAAGUACUUAUUGGACUCAAACUACAGCUGGUGCAAUAAGUCCAAUAACUGCAACAACUUCAUCAGCAUCAGCAAAUACUGGUCGAAUUCGUGAUGCAGUUGAUCGACUGGAAAAAGCAAUUUUAGAAUAUAUUCAACAUUCUACCAAACGUAUAGAAUAUGAUUUACCUCCAAAAUUUAUUUCAAAUGCUAAUUUGACAUUUAAAAUUGAUGAAUCAAUAAUAAGUAAAGUAGAAGCUCAAAUAGUAUAUGAUCAAAUGCGUCAAUUAACUAAAGAAUAUCGUUUUCAAGCAAUGUCUUUAUAUUUACAAGCAAUAACUCAUGAAAAACAAAUAUUAAAAAAUGAAAUUGAAUUUGUUAUGAAAGAUUUUUUACAAGAAAAUGAUGAAGGAUUUGAUAUUGAACUUGAUGCUGGUUAUAUAGCAUUUAAACAUUAUAAUGAAUUACGUGAAAAACCAAAAUUAACCGAGGAAGAACAUCAAUUAUUAAAAUUAGGUCCUCGGUUUAUUUAUAAUGAUCCAAAAGCGGCUUCUCGACGAUGUACAACUGAGUUGGCUAUGUUAAAACGUAAAAUUGAAGCACAAUUUUUCAAAAAAAAAAGCAUUAAAUCAAAUGAAGUGGAAUUAGCUCAUCUUUAUUAUCUACCAAAAGCUCAUAAACUUGGCACUCCACUUCGUCCAAUUAUUUCGGGUCUCAAACAUCCAACUAUAAGAAUAUCAAAAUUUCUUGACGAAUUACUUCGACCAUUAUUUGAUAAAAUAACAUCAAACACAACAGUUACUUCUGGAACUAAAGUUAUUAAACAAUUGCAUGAAUGGUCAAAACGAAACAUAGGUCAAGAAACCUUCAUAUGUACAAUGGAUGUUAUGGAUCUUUAUACGAUGAUACCCCAAACAGAAGUACGUGGUGGUGAUAUGGGUUCUUCAUUAACAUUAACAAGUGCUAAUUGUUAUAUGUUCUUUUAUGAACGAGAUAUUGUUAAACAAGUGAACAAUAGCAAUGGACUCUACUUACGAUAUAUUGAUGAUAUUUUCAUAAUUAUUAAUUGGCCGAUUCAACAUCUUUCUAAACAAAUUAAUCGAUGGAAUGAAUUAGACUUGAAUAUAAAAUUAAAAGCUCAAGUUGUUUAUCACAAACCAUCGUAUGAACCAUAUUAUUUACCAUUUAAUAGUAUUCAUCUAAUACAUAUGAAAAUGAAUAUUCCAUAUGCUAUGUUAAUUCGUGCGAUUAAAUAUUGUUCAACAUUUGAAACAUAUUUAAAUGAACGUGAAAAAUUAAGAAUGACUUUAUUAUUAAAUAAAUAUCCUGGUGAAUUUCUAGAGAAACAAUUCAGCAGAGUGAAGAGAACACAUGGAACAUUUAUUUUUUUUGAUUUGAAUGAUUUACCUGAUGAAAUUCUUAUGAUUAUUCUGAAAAAUUUGUAUCAUACUGAAGUCUUCUAUUCUUUAAUUAAUGUUAAUCAACGACUCAAUACAAUGGUACAUGAUCCAAUUUUUACAGGUUAUUUAACAUUGAUGAUAUCUUACUCUAAUGAUUUAUCUUCUCGACUUACUGAUACAAUACUUAAUCGAUUUUGGCUGCAAAUUUUACUUCAAAUUCAUCAUAAAAUCGAAUUUCUCAAUCUUGAAUUCUAA